AUGCGGUGUCGCCUUUACCAUCCGGAACGACAGCACGAAACAACUGCCAUGUCUGCCGCAGAGCAUCAACGAUCGUCUGGUGAGCCUCCGCCUGCCUCUUCGCGAGGCGAAUUCGUAAACAUAAUCAGCGUCUACGCUCUGCCGAUGACCAGCCCUGACGCCGCAAAAGACAAAUUCUACGAGGACCUGCACGCCUUCCUGGGGAAUGCGUCGAAGGCGGAUAAGCUGAUUGACUCCUGUGACUUCAACCUCCUCGUCUGCCCAGAAUAUGUUGCCUGGAGAGGAGUUCUGGGUCCCCACGGUCUCGACGGCUCCAAUAACAACGGCCUGUUCUUUCAACGAACCUGCGGCGAACACCAGCUCAUCCUGACCAACACCUUCUUCCGCCACCCGAUGCGAAAGGAGCUCACUUUGAUGCAUCGUCGGUCGCGUAAAUGGCACCUGCUGGACUAUUUCCUCGUCCGGAGGCAAGACUUGCGGGACAUUAUGGUGACAAAGGCGAUUCCGGGUGCCGAUGGGUGGACUGAUCAUCGGCUCGUCAUCUCGAAGAUGCGUAUUUGCUUACAGCUUCGCAGAAGACCCCAAGGUAGGCGACCCCAGGCAAGCUGAAUAUUGUCUUGUUGUCCGCAUGCUCACCAUGUCCAUUUCAGCAAUGAGCUAGCCCAAAGGCUAGACAACAUUCCAGUCGCUGCCUUCACUGACGAGAACGCCUUCGUGGAGAACCGGUGGUGUCAUAUGCAGGAUACAGUCCAGGCGACAACCCCGGCCGUCCUCGCUCGUGCACGUCACAAAUACCAGGACUGGUUUUAUGACAACCACGCCGCCAUCAGCAAUCUGACGGCCGAAAAGAAUGGUCUGCGUAAAGCCGACGUCAGUAACCCUACCGAUGAUAACAAAGCGACAAUCUACCGUAUCCGCUGUCUUGUGCAACAGCGACUGCGUGAGAUGCAGGACGCCUAGACGGCUCGAAAGUCUGAGGAGAUUCGAGCGUACGCGGAACGCAACGACUGGAAGGAAUACUUUUCCGCGAUCAAAACCGUCUACGGUCCGCCAACCAAAGGGAUUACAAUUCUUCCUAACGCCGACGGCAGUACGCUCCUCUUUGAGAAGACAAAAUAUACAGCGAUGAAGAAGCAGACACGAUCGCCGGGACAAGAGCUUUAUUCGCCUGACGUUUCGGAUUCCUACUCGAAUCCAUCAUCAGAGACAAAAAGCAGAAACGGGUGGUUGCUGCACAAGGGGCUGCGGUAUUUAUAGGAUGCAGUAGCCAUGCUACCGCAUACCUAUGAACAUUCACGACUCCCCCCUUCAUCCGGGAUCGUCGAACUUGGUGUGAUCACUGCUUGCUGGCCAACAUUCGAGUCGAUAAUUGCUGCAAUUUCAUCACGUGCGUUGGAUGUUGGCGUGAUGAUUGCUCCACCAUCUGACGCACCGACCCCGGUGUUGGGAAAAGUGUUCACCUCUGCGCUCCCCGCAUGGCUUGUUACUCCGCCUAGGCGAAAUUUUAGCACGCAGUAUGGAGUGGGAAGCUCGUUGCACUUGUUGAUGGACUGGGGGCCAGUAAACCAUGAUUCCAGUAGCUCCCGGCUCACGCGGUUGUCACCUCUUGCGAGAAUUUCGGCCUCAUCGAAUUUGAAUGUGUGGCCGGAUCUCGUCGAAUGGGCCGCAACUUGAGAGCUGGCGUCAUUUCUGCGCACCGCUGCCGCGUGUUCGGCCAUUCUCGUUCGGAGCUGUCUUCCGGUUUCUCCGACGUAGUUGCUUUGUCCGCAACUGCACCAGAUCCGAUAAACGACUCCAGACGUUUCUAGCCGUGGCAGUGGGUCUUUCGGUUUCAUGACCAGACGCCUGAUGGUUGCCUCCGGUCUGUGUGCCACUCCAACCCCAAGUGGUGCGAGAAGGCGGCCGACAGUUUCCGAAACGUUCUUGACAUACGGAAGUGCCCGCCAAGAUUUGGUGUCCGUGCGGUUAGGCCUUUCGUCCCUUUUGCGUAUGCACCGGUUGACGAAGUUGCGCGGGUAGCCAUUGGCUUUGAAGACCCGUCGGAGGUAUUGUAGUUCGGCAAUUUUGUCUUCCGGCUCACUGCAGAGCGUCCUUACACAACUGCGUUUGUGGCUGAUUGGGUGAUUACUGUUGAAGUUCAGUACUUGCAUCGUAUUUGUCGCUUUCCUGAGCACUUUGUUCUCAGAUUAUAUUCCAAUUUUGCCAAAAUUGACUUUCCGGUGGUAGUUGGUACCCGAAACACACUGAUUGGUAAUGCCGCAUUACUGUGACAAUGGAGAAAGUAUUCGACUGUGCUAUAUAAGUCAUCAACUCUCGAAAUCUGCUAGGAACAAAUAGCUGAGCUCCAAGGCCAACAACGUAGCAUUAAUUUCGCGUGUCAGCGCCUUUAAAGUGUUCGUUGCACAUGGGACAUAGAACUGUCGGUCCUCCAGUAAACCUUUGGCUUUUUGAAGUUAGUCUGUCCUGUCCAGUACAACUGUGGCGCGUCCUUUGUCCGCUGGCACGAUGACCAGGUCUUCGUCGGCCUUGAGUUCUCUAAGCGCAUUACGUUCGACCUUGGAAAGCACUUCCCGCGGCCUGUGGGUCAUCAGGAGAGACGACACUUGGUGUCGGAUGAGACUCUUAGUCUCCUCCGUUGCCUCCGUCUGACAAAGGAUUGAUUCUACUGCUGCAAUCAUGUUAACAGGUUUGGCGUCAGCCGUGUUAAAUGAAGCUUCGUGCCGUAAAACCUGCAUCUGAUCCUUCGUCAGCUCCUUUGAUGACAGGUUGUGCACCCGUUUGUCGUUUCUGGGCGACGUUGGAUUGGGCAGCUUUCGAAAUUUGUUCUCCAGUGCUGCGUCGCGUAUCAUGCUCUGUUCGCGGGCUUGUUCAGCUAUCCUCCGCAGGAGCAGAUUCGUACCGAUCUCACCCAUGAACUCACAGCAUCUGGUCUUUUCUUGGUCAAUCCUUUGACGGUACUUACGAAGUCUCGCGGGGCAAUCUUGGAGGAGCACUCGGAUCAUCCUUCUGUCGUGCUGAAAUACUGCUCGUCUCGCCAAAUCCGUGUUAACCGGUGGCUUGUAUGAAACACAUUUCGGUAACACAUUAUUGUCGAGACAUCUAUACAGAAACCGGAUCUGCGAAUACACAGAGGUGCACAAAGCCGGCGCUCCUCUCCGACCCAUCGUGUCGCUCAAAAGGACUCCAACGUACGGACUGGCUAAGUGGCUGUUCCGGCGUCUCAAGUUCCUGACCACUGAGUCAGACACCGCGGUCUCUUCGUCAGCACAAUUCCCGGAGAAACUCAAAGGUGUAAGCAUCCAUCCAAAUGAGGACAUGGUAUCUUUUGAUGUUACAUCCCUUUUACUUCUAUUCCCCAGGACCUGGCGAUCGAGACAAUUGAGCUGCUACUACAAAGCAAAUACGAUGAAACGGAUAACCGUCUUGGACACGCCCAAAUCCUUCAGCUCCUGAAGCUCUGUCUCAGGACGUACUUCACGUUCAACGGGACAAUCUACGAACAGGUGAAGGGAUUCGGGAUUCGUUUCGGGAUUCAUCGCCGAGGCGAUCCUGCAACGGUUAGAAUCGCUGGUCUUCCAACACCACAGACCGAAAUUCUGGGCCCGGUAUGUGGAUGACAUCUUCGUCGUCAUCGAACGGGAUCAGGUGUUGACAUUCCAAGAACAUCUCAACGCCGUCUUCCCGGACAUUCAAUUUACGAUGGAGGAGGAGGAGAACAACCAGCUGGCCUUCCUUGAUGUCCUCGUAUGCCGCAAAGAUUGUGGUAAACUAAAAACCAAAGUGUUCAGGAAAGCGACAAAUACGAUGCAAGUACUGAACUUCAACAGUAAUCACCCAAUCAGCCACAAACGCAGUUGUGUAAGGACGCUCUGCAGUGAGCCGGAAGACAAAAUUGCCGAACUACAAUACCUCCGACGGGUCUUCAAAGCCAAUGGCUACCCGCGCAACUUCGUCAACCGGUGCAUACGCAAAAGGGACGAAAGGCCUAACCGCACGGACACCAAAUCUUGGCGGGCACUUCCGUAUGUCAAGAACGUUUCGGAAACUGUCGGCCGCCUUCUCGCACCACUUGGGGUUGGAGUGGCACACAGACCGGAGGCAACCAUCAGGCGUCUGGUCAUGAAACCGAAAGACCCACUGCCACGGCUAGAAACGUCUGGAGUCGUUUAUCGGAUCUGGUGCAGUUGCGGACAAAGCAACUACGUCGGAGAAACCGGAAGACAGCUCCGAACGAGAAUGGCCGAACACGCGGCAGCGGUGCGCAGAAAUGACGCCAGCUCUCAAGUUGCGGCCCAUUCGACGAGAUCCGGCCACACAUUCAAAUUCGAUGAGGCCGAAAUUCUCGCAAGAGGUGACAACCGCGUGAGCCGGGAGCUACUGGAAUCAUGGUUUACUGGCCCCCAGUCCAUCAACAAGUGCAACGAGCUUCCCACUCCAUACUGCGUGCUAAAAUUUCGCCUAGGCGGAGUAACAAGCCAUGCGGGGAGCGCAGAGGUGAACACUUUUCCCAACACCGGGGUCGGUGCGUCAGAUGGUGGAGCAAUCAUCACGCCAACAUCCAACGCACGUGAUGAAAUUGCAGCAAUUAUCGACUCGAAUGUUGGCCAGCAAGCAGUGAUCACACCAAGUUCGACGAUCCCGGAUGAAGGGGGGAGUCGUGAAUGUUCAUAGGUAUGCGGUAGCAUGGCUACUGCAUCCUAUAAAUACCGCAGCCCCUUGUGCAGCAACCACCCGUUUCUGCUUUUUGUCUCUGAUGAUGGAUUCGAGUAGGAAUCCGAAACGUCAGGCGAAUAAAGCUCUUGUCCCGGCGAUCGUGUCUGCUUCUUCAAGACUACUUCCUGGGACUCGUCUCUUCCCUUCUAUUGGCAAUACAGCGAUGAGUCUAACACUUCAGAGGCGUCCUCAACCGCGCCUUCACCAUCUCUAACGCUGCCAUCGCCUGUCUGCCGCAGUUGGAGACCAAUGCUGACCUUAACCUACCGCCCAUCAGGGCCGUCCGGCAACUUUACAGCGUGAAAGCACCCGGAUUCGACGAGAUCCCUGCUGAGAUCUACAAGCAUGGUAGCCCCAACUCACGGAUCAACUGGCGGCGCUCCUCCAGAUGAUGUGGCGUCAAGGAGAAUCGCGCAGGAUUUCAAGGAUUCUAAAAUCGUGCAUCUAUUCAUGCGGAAACGAAACCGCCAGCUAUGCGACAACCACGGAGGCAUCUCCUUGCUGAACAUCGCCGGGAAAAUUUUCGCUCUCAUCCGUCUAAGUAAUCUGAAUAAUCACUUGGAACAAAGUCUCUUCGCGGCCGCCUGCGAGAACUUCGAUCCGAUCAUCAACACGGAGAAGACGGUUUUCAUGCACCAACCGCCACCCAACACAUCCCUCCACAAUGCGCCGCAAAUCAGCGUGAGCGGCAUCCAAUUGCAGUUGGUGGACAACGUAAUGUAUCUGAGCCGCAUCCCCUCCCACAGCACUAAAAUCUACAACAAAGUUGCCCGCCGAAUUUCAAAAGCCAGCCAGGCCUUCGGCUGUCUGCAAGCACCGUGUGGAACCGUCACGGUCUCCAUCUCAACAAAAAGCUGAAAAUGUACAAGGCAGUCAUCCUCCUGACGUUGCUGUAUGGAGCAUAGACUUAAAUUGUGUACGUAAAGCAGGCACACAGACUCGACCACUUCCACCUCAGUUGUCUUCCACGAAUGCUGAAACUGGGAUGGCAGGACCUGAUCCCCAACAGCGACGUGCAAGAGCGGACAGAAAUUCUCAGCAUUCACGCCACGCUGAGGCAACUGCAACUGCGCUGGUACGCCACCCAAAAGGCUCUUCAAUGGAGAUGUCGCCACGGGGCCCCGCCGCCAAGGAGGCCAAAUCCGUCGAACAAGGAUGCCCUGAAGACCUAACUGAAGCGUCCGCAGACCAAUCCGGCAACUGGCAAGGCCUCUUUCCAGACCGACUGACCUCGAGGAGGACAGUGAAGACAGGCGGAGCGAUCUACGAGGCAAACUGCAUUGCCACCGCGAAAGCCAAACGAGAAGCGCACAAAUCUCAGCUGCGCCCACGUCGCAAUGCGAAGGCCCAGCCGUCCUCAACGUGCCCACUGCGUCAGUGGACAUUCCGAACGUUAACUUGACUUGUUGUACAUCUUCGGACCAACUGCGGCACUCGGACUGCACCAACCAUCAAUUCUCCGUUCACUUCUCCCUCGUCCCCUACACUGUCAACUAACGCUGGCUCCCCUCCCGAACCAUCACUUCCAUCUUCGUCCCUUCUUCUUCUUCUUCUUCUUCUUCUUCUUCUUCUUCUUCUUCUUCUUCUUCUUCCUCAUUCUCCAAGGCCUCAACGCCUGCCGCUGUGGUGUCUGCCAUGCACAUCAACAUUUCCCACAAUCCUGACACACCAAAAGACACCAGCACCAUUAUCGCCGACACUAGUGGUGAGGACCUGGUGCAUACCUGCCCUCACUGCGACCACACCUUCGCCUCACAGAUCGGCAUGGACGGUCACUUGAGAAUCCAUCGCACAGAGACUGACGAACCAGUGCCCGAAGCAUCCACAUACACCUACCGAAUCCGACUCCACUGUCCACACUGCCCUCGCACAUUCAUGCACCGCAUCAUCCUCUUCGGCCACAUGCUCUUUCACGAAAACCUGCAGUAG